AUGUUUGCCUAUGAGUGCCGCGCGCUAUGCUACGAGGACUUCACUAAGUCCAUACCUGCUGAUGAGUGUCGCUAUGCUGUCUAUGAUUUUGAUUUCACAACCGAUGAGAACUGCCAAAAAAGCAAAAUCUUCUUCAUUGCAUGGUCACCUGAUACGUCAAGGGUGAGAAGUAAGAUGCUUUAUGCAAGCUCCAAGGACAGAUUCAAGAGGGAAUUGGAUGGCAUUCAAGUGGAGUUGCAGGCAACAGAUCCUAGUGAGAUGAGUUUGGAUAUCAUAAAAGGCCGAGCACUCUAAAUCCUCAUGUAGAGAAUUCAUUCAUCCCUCACUGUCUUUAUGUCACAUGAUGAUCAUCAAAUUAAAUUUUCUUAGUUAAUUGUGACUGUGAGUGAGCUAUUUUAUACUGAUUACUUGCUUUUCAGAUCAGCUGUGGAUUCAAAUCUAAAGUAUUUGUUUGCUAUGGCUUAUGUGAUC